AAAUUAAAUGCAAAGUGGAUUUUCGGUUUGUAGAAGAAAGGCUGGGUAAACCUUCCGAAAGACUCUUGGAUUAUAUAAUUAUAAAUUGGGACAUUAGCAAUAUCACAAAGAACCUGGGAGUGUGUCUUUGAAUGCAGUGGAGUAAUUAAAAAAUGUAAAAUAUGCAAAAUAGUUUGAAUAGACUAAGACUUAUGAAGGCAUAAUGAGGAUUAGGAAAUUGAGACAGGAAAGCGAUAGAGUAUUUGGAAAAUUUGUUGGAAGUAAUUGAAUUAUUAUAAAAUUAGCCAAAUUUGUGGUUGAUAAGAGUAGAAUUCCUUAAUACGAUAUACCAGAUUUGACCGGAUUUGAAGUAUUAUAAUGACUAUUUUAGCUUAAACCUUAUGUAUCAUACCAUACUCCUUAGGUGGAUAAGGAGACUUAGGCGAAAUUAGAAAGAAUGAAUGAUUUUAAUUUAACAGAGAAUUUGGUACCUCGUUCGGAAACAAAAUUAUUAGAGAAGAAAUGACGCAUCAAAUAUUAAGAAUUUUAAAUACCCA